UAUAAACCACGUCGAGGUGAUAGUGUCAGCAGUAGCACUUCAUCUCCGUCCCUUCACCACCUCCUCCUCUGCUCUCCCUCGUGAGCGGACAAGAAAAAUGUAUACUAUCCAACGGCUACCAGCCGCCAUGUUGGUGUUGGUGCUGGCGGUGGCGGCCUCAGCCAGAGUGGAGGCCGACCCUAGUGUUGAUCUCCUCCUCCAAGACCCCGUAGAGGCUGACCUCCUCCUCCUACCAGCAGAGAGUCAGCAGGUCUCCGUAGUGGCUAAGGACAACCUCCACACAGCCGCUACUGGUUAUGGUGGCGGUAAGGGUUAUGGCGGCCACAGUGGCUACCAUGGCGACUACCAUGACAAGGGCGGCUACAAAGGGCACGACGGCUACCAUGCCGACCAUGGCCAUAAGGGCAACCACUAUGGCGACCAUGGCAAGGCUGGAUAUAGUGGUUACCAUGACGACCACGGCAAGAACUACAAGGGUCACGACGACAAGCACAAGUAUUAUGGCGACGCUCACAAGGGCAAGAAGGGCAAGAAAGGUCACCACUACGGCUCCAAAGGUCACCAUAACAAAGGUCACAAAGAUAAGGGUCACAAGGACGUGUACCACAAGGAGGAGUACCACCACAACAAGAAGUUCUACGACGACCACGACGACAAGAAGUACCACAACAAGUAUGACGACUACGACAGCUACUUCAAGGCUCAAAAGGGCAAGGACUACAAGGGCGGCCACUACAAGGGCGGUCACCACCACGACCAGCACGGCAAGAAGGGCCACCACGACAAGGGCAAGUACCACGACGACCAUGCCGGCCACGACGGCCACUAUGGCGACAAGGGCCACUAUGGCCACAAGAGCUCCUAUGGCGACCAUGGAGGACAUAAGGGCCACUAUGGACACGAUGACCACAAGGGAUAUGGCCAUGGUGGCGGUGGACAUGGUGGUGGCGGCGGACAUGGUGGUGGUGGACAUGGUAGCGGCUAUGGUCAUGGUGGUGGAGGACAUGGCCAUGGUGGUGGCGGUUAUGGACAUGGUGGCGGCGGACAUGGUGGUGGCGGACAUGGUGGUGGCGGUUAUGGACAUGGUGGCGGCGGACAUGGUGGCGGCUAUGGCCAUGGUAGUGGGCAUGGUGGCGGCUAUGGUCACUGAGAUCAUGGUAGCGGCUAUGAUCAUGGCGGUGGACAGAGUAGAGGCUAUGGUCAUGGUAACCACUAGUAUGGUAGUCAUGGUAGCCAGGCAGACGUUCCCAGCGCUUCUUGUUAUUUUUCUAAUAAACUUCUA